GUGUCCCUCCUAAGUCAGAAACGAAGUCGGUGCUACUCUGGAGGGACGAGUUUUUAUUUAUCCUAGUUGACAAUGGUUUUAGAGUGGUUGCCCACUCCCAGACAUAAACUUUUAACCGCAAACCCUUUUUUUGGUAAAAGUUUGUUAGUGGAAAUUUCAAAACUCCACAUGCUCACUUAAGGAUUUUAUCAUCUUGUUUCUUUGGUUUUGGCCCAGAUGAUUAUGUUUCUUUCUUUGGGAAGGAUUUCUCUGUGUAUUUUGAUAUUUUUCAUGACAAGAGGAAACCUCGUGUCACUCUCAGAAGGGAGACAACCCACGCGUGCCAUCUCUAUCCUCCUGCCCGAGAAGUUAACGGACUCUUAUCUGCCUACCAGAAGGAGACAGCUUUUGGACUCCCCGGAGGCUGGGAGGAGGUGGCUGCUUAGGAGGCGGAGAUCGAUUCUGUUCCCAAAUGGAGUAAAAAUUUGCCCCAAUGAAAGUGUUGCAGAGGUGGUGGCAAAUCACGUGACAUAUUUUAAAGCCCGAGUGUGCCAGGAAGCCAUCUGGGAAGCCUUCAGGACGUUUUGGGAUCGACUUCCUAGGCGUGAAGAAUAUCAAUACUGGAUGAACUUGUGUGAGAAUGGAGUUACAAGUGUGUUUGAAAUGGGCACACAUUUUAGUCAGUCUGUGGAACACAGGAGCUUAGUCAUGAAGAAGCUGGCUUACACAAAAGAAGCUGCAAGCAGCUCCUGCAAGGACCAGGCCUGUGGGUUUGAGUUGUCAUCUUCUCCAGUUCCUAUUGGUGAUACCUCAACAUUGGGAGGUGCUGUUCCCAGUGCUUCAUAUCCAGGGGCAGCCUCAGAGAGCAGCGUGGCGUCCGCAGAGGAGAGUAUCAGCAAUGAAAUUGAGAAUGUGACAGAGGAGCCCAUACAGCCAGCUGCGGAACAGGUAGCAGAAUUCAGCAUCCAUCUUCUGGGGCAGCCGUAUAGCGAAGAACUGCAGGAUUCCUCCAGCGCCCUCUACCGGCUCCUGGUGGAAGAGUUUAUUUCUGAGGUUGAAAAUGCCUUCGAGGGGUUACCAGGGUACAAGGACAUCCGUGUUCUUGAAUUCAGGCCCCCCGGGGAAAAUGGCAGCGGGAUUGACGUUCACUAUGCGGUUACCUUCAAUGGCGAGGCCAUCAGCAAUACCACCUGGGACCUCAUAAGCCUUCACUCCAACAAGGUGGAAAACCAUGGCCUUGUAGAGCUGGAUGAUAAACCCACCGCUGUCUAUACGAUCAGUAACUUCAGAGACUAUAUUGCUGAGACGCUGCACCAGAACUUUUUGAUGGGAAAUUCCUCCUUGAAUCCAGAUCCCAAAUCUCUCCAGCUUAUCAAUGUGAGAGGAGUUUUGCUCCCCCGAAAAGAAGACAUAGUUUGGCACACCCAAAGUUCAAGUCUUCAGGUGACAACGUCCUCUAUUCUGGAUAAUACCCUCCAAGCUGACUGGCUCUCAGCAGAUGAAUCCACCACCACCAUUUCACCAUUUGAUUUCAGCUCUGGUCCUCCCUCAGCCACUGGCAGGGAACUCUGGUCAGAAAGUGCUUUGGGUGACUUAGUGUCAACAUCUAAGCUAGCCUCUCCCUCGAAGGUGGUCCUCAGUUCUUCCACGGAGUUUUUAGGGGGUAACAGCUUGACUCUUCAUUCUGUUACCCCAGCAGUGCUUCAGAUUGGCUUGCCUGUGGCUGCUGAGGGAAGGACUUCUGGAUCUUCCAUAUUAGAAGAUGGAUUAGCCAAUACUGAAGAAUCAGAAGACGCUCCCGUUGAUAUAUUGCCUUCAAGCUCAUUAAUGCAACCUGUGCCAAAAGCAACAGUACCACCCAUGGAAGACUCUGGCAUGACUCUUUUGACAUCUUCACCGCAUCUGACCUCUUCUGCUAUAGAAGACCUUGCUAAAGACACAACGGCACCUUCUGGCUUGGACUCCUUGGCUUCCAAAGUCACAGAACAGUUGGAAGUGAGCUCAUGGUUUCCAGACACCUCUGUGGAAAAGGAGUUCAUUUUUGAAAGUGGUUUGGGUUCUGGGUCUGGGGAAAGCAUGGAUCUGAUUAGUUGGCCACCGAGUGAGACUUCAUUAGAGGAGACCACUGAACCACUGUCAAAGUCAGGGCCUGAAGAUGAGGAUGCGAUCCUGCCAACCGAGCGUAUCGAAAAAUUACAUGUAGAUGGCAGAGUAGAUUCCACAGAACAAAUGACUGAACCUUCAGAAGGCAGACAUGGCGAUAGGUCCAUAAAUUUUACGGAGGCAGAGUCCCUUGUUGGAUUUGCUAUACCCAUCUCCGUAGAAUCUGCAACUCAGUCUCCAUCCCUAAUUCUUCCCAAGCAUACAUCAGAUGUACCAGGUAUUGAUUCUUACUCAGUCACCAAAGCAACCUCCUUAAUAGAAGCUAUAUUAACCUCUGCAUCCACCCAGAAAACAGAUGAAGUGAAUACCCUGCUGACGGGAGAUAGGGCACAAACAGAGUCAUUCAGCCGCAAAGGACUUGACAGUGAGAUUUCAGUGGCAAAGCCAGAUAUGCAGCCUGUGUGGACUAUAUUGCCAGAAUCAGAUAUAGUUUGGGCAAGACCUUCUUCCUUAGGGAAAUUGUCCAGAGACACAUUGGCAAGUACACCAGAGAGCCCUGACAGGCUCUGGUUGAAAGCUCCCAUGACACAGUCUACUGAAUUGCCUCCAGCUACCAGCUCCACCCAGCCUGAGGAUGAAGUAAUAAUGGGCGUACAGGAUAUUUCAUUAGAACUAGAUUGGGUAGGCACAGAUUACCAUCAGCCUGAGCUAACCCAAGAGCAAAACGGUAAGGUCGGUAGCCAUGUGGAAAUGUCUACGAAUGUUCACUACACAGAGAUGCCUUUUGUGGCUCAGCCCACAGAAGCAGGUGACGUGAGUCCCACCCAGACUGCAGCAGGAGCAUUGGUAGUUUUCUUCAGCCUCCGAGUGACAAACAUGUUGUUUUCAGAAGACCUGUUCAAUAAAAACUCAUUGGAAUAUAAAGCCCUGGAGCAGAGAUUCCUAGAAUUGCUGGUUCCCUAUCUCCAGUCAAAUCUGUCAGGGUUCCAGAACUUAGAAAUUCUGAACUUCAGAAAUGGCAGCAUUGUGGUGAACAGCCGAGUGAAGUUCGCCGAGUCUGUCCCUCCUGACGUCAACAAUGCCAUGUAUAUGAUUCUGGAAGACUUUUGUACUACUGCCUACCACACCAUGAACCUGGAUAUUGACAAGUACUCCCUGGAUGUGGAGUCAGGUGAUGAUGCCAACCCUUGCAAGUUUCAGGCCUGUAAUCAGUUUUCUGAGUGUUUGGUAAAUCCAUGGAGUGGAGAAGCAAAGUGCAAAUGCUACCCUGGGUACCUGAGCGUGGAAGAGCUGCCUUGUCAAAGUCUCUGUGAUCUACAGCCUGACUUCUGCUUGAACGAUGGGAAGUGCGACAUUAUGCCGGGACACGGGGCCAUUUGUAGAUGCCGGGUUGGUUCGAACUGGUGGUAUCGAGGCCAACACUGUGAGGAGUUUGUGUCUGAGCCCUUUGUCAUAGGCAUCACUAUAGCCUCUGUGGUUAGCCUUCUCCUUGUCGCUUCUGCUGUCGUCUUCUUCCUCGUGAAGACAAUUCAAGCUCAGAAUGUCAGGAGACAAAGGCAGAGGCCCACCAGCUCCAGCAGGCAGCCCGACAGCCUGUCGUCUGUUGAGAAUGCAAUGAAGUACAACCCCGCAUACGAAAGCCGCUUGGCUGGAUUUGAGGAGUAUGGGAAUCCCUACAGCCAACACCCCUUCUAUAGCUCAGCUGGUGAAGAGGUGAUUGGUGGUCUCAGCAGAGAAGAGAUCAGACAGAUGUAUGAGAGCAGCGGCCUUUCCAAAGAGGAAAUCCAAGAGAGAAUGAGGAUUUUGGAAUUGUAUGCUAAUGAUCCUGAGUUUGCAGCUUUUGUGAGAGAGCAUCAAAUGUAA